AAAAAAAAACAAAUACAACGAAAGAAAACAAACAUAAGCAGUAGAAGAAGAAGACGACGAGGCGGCACUAGCUGAAGAUCAACAAGUGAGCGACAAAAUGCAACGCACGCAGUCGCAGUCGCUGCCGCUGCUGCUGCUGCUGCUGCUAACGUCAGCGCAGACUCAGACGCAGGCGCAGGCGCAGAAUAUAGAUGAAGGCUGCAGUUUUCCGGGCUCUCCGGCGCACAGCAGCGUUGUCUUCUCGAGCGCGAAUCUAACGCAGGGCACCGUCGCCUCCUACAGCUGUGAGCGCGGCUUUGAGCUGUUGGGACCCGCACGACGUGUCUGCGACAAAGGUCAAUGGGUGCCAGAGGGUAUACCAUUCUGUGUGCUAAACGUGGCUGCGGGCAAGGCGCCAAUGCAGAUAUCAACAGAUGGCGCCGGUGCACCGCAGAAGGCCAUCGAUGGCUCCACCUCCGCCUUCUUCACCCCAGAGACCUGUUCACUAACCAAGCCGGAACGCUCGCCCUGGUGGUAUGUCAAUCUGCUCGAGCCGUACAUGGUGCAGCUGGUGCGCCUGGACUUUGGCAAAUCCUGUUGCGGCAACAAACCGGCUACGAUUGUGGUGCGCGUUGGCAACAAUCGCCCAGACUUGGGCACAAAUCCCAUAUGCAAUCGCUUCACUGGCCUCCUCGAAGCCGGACAGCCACUCUUCCUGCCCUGCAAUCCGCCCAUGCCGGGCGCCUUUGUCAGCGUGCACCUGGAAAACAAUACGCCGAAUCCGUUGUCCAUAUGUGAGGCAUUCGUCUACACGGAUCAGGCGCUGCCCAUCGAACGCUGUCCCACAUUCCGGGAUCAGCCGCCGGGCGCCUUGGCCUCGUACAAUGGCAAAUGCUACAUCUUCUACAAUCGCCAGCCAUUGAACUUCCUAGAUGCAUUGUCCUUCUGUCGUUCGCGCGGCGGCACCCUGAUCAGCGAGAGCAAUCCAGCCCUGCAGGGCUUCAUCAGCUGGGAACUGUGGCGCCGUCAUCGCAGCGACGUCAGCUCCCAGUACUGGAUGGGCGCUGUGCGCGAUGGCAGCGAUCGCAGCAGCUGGAAGUGGGUUAACGGCGAUGAGCUGACCGUCUCCUUCUGGAAUCAUCCGGGCGGCGACGAAGACUGCGCCCGUUUCGACGGCUCCAAGGGCUGGCUGUGGAGCGACACCAACUGCAACACUUUGCUCAAUUUCAUCUGUCAGCAUCAGCCCAAGACCUGCGGCCGCCCCGAGCAGCCGCCAAACUCCACGAUGAUUGCACUCAAUGGCUACGAAGUGGGCGCCCAGAUCAAAUACAGCUGCGAUGCGAAUCAUUUGCUUGUGGGACCAGCGACACGCACCUGCCUCGAAACAGGCUUCUACAACGAAUUUCCACCUGUUUGCAAAUACAUUGAAUGCGGCCUGCCCGCCAGCAUAGCGCAUGGCUCCUAUGGACUGCUCAACGGCACUGUCGGCUACCUGAGCCUGGUUAAGUACGCCUGCGAUGAGGGCUACGAGAUGAUUGGACGUGCGCUGCUCACCUGUGACUUCGACGAGCGCUGGAAUGGACCGCCGCCACGCUGCGAGAGUAAGUCCUGGCGAGCAAAGCUGAAGUCUCAGCUAAUCCUUCUCUCUCCCUCUCUCUUAGUUGUCGAGUGCGAUACGCUGCCAGGCAAUUACUACAGCACGAUCAUCAGCGCACCGAAUGGCACCUACUACGGCUCCAAGGCGGAGAUCAGCUGCCCGCCUGGCUAUCGCAUGGAGGGUCCGCGUGUGCUCAGCUGCUUGGCCACGGGUCAGUGGAGCAGCGCACUGCCGCGUUGCAUCAAGCUGGAGCCUUCCACGCUGGCCACGCCUGCUGCGCCGCCCUCGACGGCUGCCACAUCCUCGCUGCCGCCGUUUAGACCCAAGAUUACAGCCAGCACGAGUCGCACGCCCGCCUAUCGUCCCUCCAUCGGCACCAGCAGCAGCAGCAGCGCCACGCCCAGCACAUCCGCCAGCUAUCCACAGAGCACGCCACAGGUGGAGAUCAAUGGGGAAGCCGACUCCGAAGAGGACAUUGUCAAUGUGCCCGUGCCUGGCACCGUGCGCGAAGAGUUUCCGCCCCGCCGCACCGUUCGACCCGUGCUCAUACCCAAGAAGCCCAGCAGCACGCCACCGACCAGCUACAGCACCAGCAGUUCCAGCUCCAGCUCGAGCAGCAGCAGCACCACUCAACACGCGCCCGGACCCAUCUCCACCUACGCCCCGACGCCAGCGCGUACACGACCCACACUGGAGACGACCACGCGCAACACCCAGCAGAUCAUCCUCAAUUCGCAUCCGCAGGACAAUGAAAUUGCGGACAGCGUCAACAUUCGACAGAAUCAGUCGCCCAAUGUCAACGUUCCGUUUGCCGUCGACAAUCCCGAUCGCAAGGAGACCAAAGAGGCCAAGCUCAAUCUUGGCGCAAUUGUGGCUUUGGGUGCUUUCGGUGGCUUCGUUUUCCUGGCUGCUGUCAUCACGACGAUCGUCAUCCUGGUCAGAAGAAACCGCACCACACAGCAUUAUCGCCAUCGCGCCUCGCCCGACUGCAACACGGUCGCCAGCUUCGAUAGCUCCACCUCCGGUUCCCGCAAUGGCCUCAAUAGAUAUUAUCGCCAGGCGUGGGAGAACCUGCACGAAUCCGCCUCAAAGAACAGCUCACACAAUGCGCUGCGCCGCAAGGAGACGCUCGAUCCGCCCAGCAUGACUCGUUCUCGCGACAAUCUGCGCGACAAUAUGCAACGCUCCCGAGAGAAUCUGGAUAGAUGCGGCCGGGACAACUAUGGCAUGCGCGACAACUCGGAGAUGGUCGUCUCGGAUGUGUGCCUCAAGGGCGAGAAGAAGCGCCAUCAUCACCAUCAUCACAAGAGUAGCUCACGCAACGGCGACUACCGCGACAGGGAUCAGUCCGCCGGACGGCGCGAGCACCACAGACACAGCGGCGGUGGCGGAGCUGGCGGCGGUGGCGGACACUAUUGACCAACCAUGAUCAUCACCAUCAGCGUGGAGGAGCAAUAGAAGCGAUCGAAGCUAUCGUAGCAAUCGCAAUAAACGAAGCGAACGGAGCCUGAACAAAUUUCUAUUAAUAUUAUAUUUUUUUUUGCUUGUAAUUUUUUGUCGGAUUUCGAAUUGAGCUUUAGAUUGUAGUUCAAAACUUUCUGUUUAUAGCAAAAAAAAAAAAAACAAAAAACAAAAAAAAGGAGAGGAAAAGCAGAAG